UAUAUAUAAUGUACCAAAUGGCCUUCUCUAGGACUUGAACACUGGGGUUUGGCAAGGGAGCCAGAGGUACCACCAAGAAAGAUCAGAAGAGCAUCAGGCACUGUGUGUGGGGGGCUCCCACCCACUAUUUAUUUUUUUAAAAAAAAAUAUUUAGGGGGCAUGUGCACUUAAAAGAAGACCUCUGAGCCAGCGAGAGGGUGCUGGUGCUGGUGGUGGCAUCGCUUGGGGUGUGGGUGUGUUGAAAGAACAACAGAGAGGAAGGCAGAAGCAGCAACCUCCUCGCAUUGGGGUGAGUCGGGGGGGGGACGAGCGACGUGCUUGCAUGCAAGCCCCCUCAGUCCUCCAGCGUCGAGUUCAGAGCAGCACCAUGCAACAUCCGCUCACGGGGGCGACCUGCGUGGCGCUUCCGAACGUCGGCAUGUGUCCCCAGCUGUCCUGUGCCUUGACUUUCAUGUAUCUGCAGCAGGGUAACCAGGAAGCGACAGCACCUCCUGACACAAUGGCACAGCCUUACGCUUCGGCCCAGUUCGCUCCGCCUCAGAAUGGUAUCCCAGCAGAAUAUACCGCGCCCCACCCUCACCCGACUCCAGACUACACAGGGCAAACCACAGUUCCAGAGCACACGCUAAAUAUGUACCCGCCUGCGCAGACGCACUCCGAACAGAACACAAGCGAUUCAAAUGCACAAACUGUCUCAGGCACAGCCACACAGACAGACGAUGCAGCACAGACCGACGGCCAGCAACAGACACAAUCUUCCGAAACCACAGAAAACAAAUCACAGCCCAAACGACUGCAUGUUUCGAACAUACCCUUCAGAUUUCGGGAUCCCGAUCUCAGGCAAAUGUUUGGGCAAUUUGGUAAAAUCUUAGAUGUUGAAAUUAUUUUUAAUGAGCGAGGCUCAAAGGGAUUUGGUUUCGUUACUUUCGAAAAUAGUGCUGAUGCGGAAAGGGCGAGGGAGAAAUUACACGGCACCGUGGUAGAGGGCCGUAAAAUCGAGGUAAAUAAUGCAACAGCACGUGUCAUGACAAAUAAGAAGACGGUCAACCCAUAUACAAACGGUUGGAAAUUAAAUCCAGUUGUUGGUGCAGUCUAUAGUCCAGAAUUCUAUGCAGGCAGGGUGCUGCUGUGCCAGGCAAAUCAAGAAGGAUCUCCCGUGUACAGUACCCCAAGUUCAUUAGUAUACACCUCCACAAUGCCGGGCUUCCCCUAUCCAGCCGCCACUGCUGCCGCAGCAUACAGAGGGGCGCAUCUCAGAGGUAGAGGCCGCACCGUCUACAACACAUUUCGCGCGGCGGCUCCCCCUCCCCCCAUCCCAGCUUAUGGCGGUGUUGUUUACCAGGAUGGAUUUUAUGGUGCAGACAUUUAUGGUGGUUAUGCUGCCUACCGGUACGCCCAGCCUACCACAGCUACCGCAGCGGCCUACAGUGACAGAAAUCAAUUCGUCUUCGUUGCAACAGAUGAAAUUUCUUGUAACACCUCUGCAGUUACGGACGACUUUAUGCUGCAGAACCCUACCACCACACACUUACUCCAGCAGCCACCUACGGCGUUGGUACCAUGAAUGCUUUUGCACCCUUGACUGAUGCCAAGACUAGGAGCCAUGGUGAUGAUGUCGGUCUCGUUCUUUCUUCAUUGCAGGCUAGUAUAUACCGAGGGGGAUACAGCCGUUUUGCUCCAUACUAAAUGACAAAAACCAUAAAAACUCCUUCCAAUGUGGGGGAAAAAAGGAAGCUUUCCGAGGCCUGGGUAUUGCAAUACAUGCAGUAGUGCAUCAUUUUAGCAACUCUAAAAAAAA